ACUGUGCAUUGCUAUUCAAUAAAUUUCAGUUAUAAUCUUCCUAAAUUUUUUGUAUAAUCAGAAAUUUUUAUACACUUUGGCAAAUGUAGGCCUGUGUGAAAAAUAUAAAAAUAAAUAAAAUCACAAACGUGCCAGAUAAAAAUAUUGAGUUUUCUUCGACAAAUUACGAAACAACAAAAUUUACACUGAGAGAAAACGGUUAAGAGUUCAAAGUGCAAGUUCUUUUAGUUGCUGGUAUGGAAAAUAAAGUAAAAAAACGUACCUAUCGAACUUGGCUUCAUCCAAGUUUCAAAGAAGAAUCUGUUAGUCGUCGAACAGUAAGGCGAUGGAAGAAAGCUGUGGCUGAAGCAGUCGAGCGAAUUUCAGCAAUCGACCACACGUUCAGUGGCCUCAACCAUUCCGCUAAGUGUUCAAAGCCUGGAAAUUCAUCCAAAGAAAAAUCAAAAACUGAAAACAAUAAACAUAAUUCGAGAAAAAGAGGAUCUUCUAAGCACAGUGACGAUGAAUAUGAUAUUAGUCAUAAACGUAGGAACGUUCAAGUCCGAAAUCCAUCUCACUCCAAUUCAUCACCGCCAGGCACUGAGGCAACAGAAUCAGAAGGAUGUGCCGAUAGAUCACUAGUUCAGGAAAAGUCGCAUUCUAGACCAUCUCAAAAUGUACAUAGAAGAAAUUCUUGUGCUGAUUACAACAAAAGUAAUGAAAAGAGAAAAUGGCAUGGAUCGAGUGAUCGUAAUAGAUCAUCAUCGCGAAAUAAGGAUCGUAGUUCAAUGCACGUUCCAGUAAACACAAACUCUGAUCGAAGAAAAAGAAACGAGAAUGAAAGCAGAACAAGAAGAGAGGAUAAAGAAGUUCAAACUCUUCUAAAAAAGAUUCUUGACAGCCAAGAUCAAGUUGGAAAGAAAUUAGAAAAACUUGAAAAUACUGUCAAAGCAGCUGGAAAAGACGUAAAAGAAAUUUUUGAUAAAAAUUUAAAAGUAUUGCUGCAGAUACUGGAACUUUUAUUGAAAUUUGAUAGUAUAGCCGAAGAAAACAAAACGAAGCCAGAACCAUUCAACGACGGAUCCGGCUUACCGUCUGUUGGUUUUGAAAGACGCAUCGCAGAUUCCGACAAAAAAGAGAUACAUAUUGGGCAAGAUAUAUGGAUAGACUCCGGCAGCUGGUGCAUGGUCAGAAAUCGUGCAGGAGCUUCAGAAAGUAAAUUCAUAAAAAGUUUGAUGUCCAUAAUUUACACUCCGAACGAAAUUAUAAACUCCAGUGCUUUAGGCCAAACCUCAAAUCGCGAAAAAGUUUCGGAAAAACGACCUGCAUUGGACCCUAUACGGAUGCUAGCUCUUCAAGAUAGCCUCACUUGGUAUAAACAAAUGCAAAAUGAAGAGAUAACUCUGGCACAAUGCAGAAUAGAAGCCGAAAAAGUCCUAAAAAAAUAUGUGGGGAGUAAAAUAACAGACUCAAGAAAGUCAGCAAGACCAAAGAAGCCUGCUAACGGACGAAAGAAAAGGAACGACAUGAUGAGGGACAAAAAAAACGACUGCCUGAAGAAGAAAACAACGUUGGCUACAAAAAAUGACGUUUGUCACCGUGAUAGGGGCAGUCACCGCCUCAGCUUCAGCCGCAGUCGUAGUCGUAGUCGUAGUGAAAGUCGCAGUCGUAGUCACAGCCGCAGUCACCACCUCAGCUUCAGCCGCAGUCGUAGUCAUAGCCGUAGUCAUAGUCGUAGUUGUAGUCACAGCCGCAGUCACCGCCUCAGCUUCAGCCGCAGUCGUAGUCAUAGCCGUAGUCAUAGUCGUAGUGAAAGUCACAGCCGCAGUCACCGCCUCAGCUUUAGCCGCAGUCAUAGUCAUAGUCGUGAUUUUAGUCGUAGUGAAAGUCGCAGUCGUAAUGAUAGUCGUCGUCGUAGUUGUAGCCGUGGUCGUUGUCAUAGUAAAAAAUGAUUGACUGCUCUGGUUGUGCCCGAGUCGUAAAAAAUGAACGAAAGUGGUCAAAGUAGAGAA